GCAGCAUCGCCGCUCUCAGAUGGCUGUUUCCGUAGCAACACGCGGAGGGUGAAGGUAUAAAAACAGACAGUUUCUCAAGUGAGACUCGGAAACUCUGAGCUGCCUGCAAAUAACCACCACAAACUUACUCCAGAUCAUGAUGCUGAGGCCGAAGGACUUGUCUCAGGGAUCUGGCACCCAAACCUUCCUGGAAGCCAUGCAGAGCGGGAAAGUCCACUUGGCUCGGUUUGUCCUGGACGCGUUGGAUGGGCGCAUCAUCAACGGGAAAGCCGAAAACGGACGUACGCUUCUAAUGCACGCCGUGUGCCUUCAAGAGCACGCAACAAGAUCCAAAUUCACUCAAUUGCUUCUGGAAAAAGGUGCAAAUGUUACUGCCCGGGAUGACCACGGACGCACAGCCUUGAGUCUGGCAUGCGAACACGGACACUUGGAUUCGGUGAAGCUCCUCGUGCAAUUCAACGCUGAUCCAGAGCUCGCGGACACGUGGGGAAACAGUGCGCUCAUGUACGCCGCGUGCGGAGGACACAGCCAAAUCUUGGAGUUCUUAAUCCGGGCGUUCAAGAAGCUCGGUUUGCGACUGGAUCGCACGAAUCACGCCGGUCACUCGGCUAUCCAAGUUGCUGAUUACUUUGGGCACAACCAGUGCGUUCAAACCCUCAACGGGUGCGGAAAGAAGAUUGUGAGUCCGACGAACAGCACCGGAGAACCCGCCGAAGACCUGCGGUGUCCCAGGCGCCUCCCAAAGCAGGUUCUAGAGAGGUUCUCCAAACAAAUCCAAAGCAAACACGAGGAAAUCCUUCCGGCCUUGUUUCAGAGACAGAUGUGCGUUAGUGACAGCAACAACCUGCGGAUCCGCUUCAGACGUCCAGACGCCAACCAAAGCCUCAUCAGAUCCGAAGAUGGACCAGAUCUGGUGUUCGCGUCAAAACAGAUCCAAAACUCGGUGCUGAAAGAUAUUGGAAGCACUGGAAGUGCAGAACGUGAGACGGACGUCCAUGCACCUCUCCGGGGAAAAAACAACUUGUUUAAUCUUGACCUCCGAACUGCAAGAAAACAAUCCUAUCAGGGCGAUGUGCAUGAAAUCAACAGAUCUGCGAGCAAAUUCAAAAGAGCGUCACUACAAGACGAAAAACCUCUUGUGGCGAAGUUCUACAGCAGGACUGUCGCUGGCGACUUUGAGAUCAGAAAAGAUUUGCAGAAGCGUGGCAGCGUUCCCAAAACGACCAAGCAGAGCAAACUUCUGUUCAGUCGUGAAGAACUCGAACCUGACAGGAUCAAACCUCACUCUUCUGGGCUCUCUGGAUUCGGGAACAGACUCCUGCGCAGAUUCACGGCUCCUGAAUUCAUGCGACACAUCACAGACUAUCCCAGAGACGCCGGACACGGUAAAGGGAAGAUGUCCCGGUCCGAGACCUUCCCGUUCUCGCACACACACAUGAUAGUGAACAGCCAGCCGAGUGUGGACAGCAUCAGCGCGGUGAGAUGCGAGUUUGAGAGCAAUCCUGCUCCAAAAUGAGCUUUUAAACACAUGUUUAGAUUAAAACACUCAGAUGGGCAUUCAGGAAGAUGUUUAUGACUAUGGCAAAGACAUUAUAAAAGCAAGAACUCAAGCUCACUCGAGACUUUUUUUUAACUGCGGCUGUUCUCAAGGUCUUUUUAAAUGCCUCCCUAGAUUAAUUAACAUUCUUCAGCUAAUUUAAUUAUUAUGCACUGCUAAAGAGUGGCUGUGCAUUAAGUACUUACAUGCUUUAAUCAUGCUUUAAGCACCUAUUUUUAUAAGCAUUUUGUUUUCAGUCAAAUGUUUGUGAUUUGUAAAUGCAUAUCUAAUCUAUAAUGUAAAUAGUUUGUAUUCUGCAUUCUUUCAUAGACAAAAAUACUGAAACAACUCAAGGCAUUUGUGUGAAAGGGGCAAAUAUAUGAAUAAAGCACUUGUGUAUGCCUAAAGCACCUCGGUAUAAGAAAUAAAACUUGAUAUCAGUGUUUUUUUUUAAUAUGCAUCAUUUAUUCUUUAAAAAAAUUAAAUGUAUGGUUCUUGUCAUCAACAGCCAUCAUUCAAACAAGCACACGACACAUGUUGUGGAAAGAAGGUUGUUUCUGAGUCAUGUGUCCCCAGCUGCGUCAUGUACACAAACACAGAGCAGUGCAAACUAAUGAGGGCUCGCUCGCACCAGAUGCAUUCCUGCAUUCAAAC